AUGGAAAGAGUCAACAAGAAUGUCGAUAUUAUUUUGUCGAUACCAGGAAGAGACUCCUCUGUUGGGCGCACGAUCGGGUGCCAGAAAAGCUUGAGGGGUGUCAAGAAACAGAGCCAUGACGUAGGCACGAUAUCUUACGGAUUCGAAACCAGCUCGCAGACAGCGCUCGAGAUGCAGUAUUGCGAACAUUCUAUGCCGCCGUCUAUCGGGGAGUUGUAUGGCUUGGUCAUUCACGCUAACGCUGAAUCAAUCGUUUCCGAUACAUCUCUCGCGCCGUUCGAGAGCGCAGAACUGUCCAGAAUGAUUGAUAUCGUGCGCGUUCUUCAAGGUCUGUUCUCUAUCAUUCUCGCCGGGCUCUUGGUUGAUCGGUUUAACGCGAUAAAACAGACCUCAACCUUCCUUGUCGCAUUCCUCUAUCUUGUGUAUCUACUUCUCAACCUACCUUCCUACACUCGCAACGACGACACCUGGAACCGAAGAGUCGUAGGAAAGGGAGGGAAGCGCCAUUAUGAACAUAAGGAGGGGCAGCGUGGAGACGGCAGAGCCAGGGAUUUCGGUCACAGGAAGGAGACAGGGCUCCACACUGGGGAGGAGGCGGAGGCUCGUGUGGAGAUGACCACUGCGUUUGAGACUAAAGGUGGUGUUCAGGACUUGCAACCAUCGGAGCCUCAGAUGACAAAGAUAGCUUGGGGACGCUUCGAUGAUUUUGAUAUCGUCACUUUCAUUAGGAUCGCCAGGAGUGAUGUGACCAGUCGUUUCGAUGGCGUCAUCACACCCUUACAUCACCACAAAGAGGGUCAGCUUCGCGGUGCUUUUGACGAUGCUAAGUUCGGUGCCGUCGCUGAGAUCGAGCUUCUGGGCAGCAAGUAUUCGAGCGCGCUUGUACACACACGCAUGCGUGGCACAUCGCGCGACACAGCUAUAGACAGGUUGGAUCGAGAACAGAGGCAAGACCUUCUAUUGUCCUGGCUACUUACAGAACGCAUCAAAUGGGUUCACGGAUGCAAAAUUGAUAAGGGUUCGUUGUUUCCCUAUGUGGAAGUCAACGAGCGCCUCAAAAACUCACAGCACCCACCGGACACUGCCAGUUCUCCCGCUACCAUCCCCGGCCUGGUACUCACCAUGGUCCUUUAAUCGAUUGUUUCGUCGCCACACUACCGCUGUUGGUCAUUGACGUGAGCGAUGCGACUUUGUCUUGUAAUUGACCUCGACACUGCGGAGCGUCCCUGCAUAUGGAGUGUAUGCGAACGUCAGCUGCCGGUGUGCAUGGGUGCUCGGACACGUCGUUCCCUGCAGUAAAUAGGAUGGGCGAGCGUAAGAAGGUACUCGAUCACGUCCGCACUGACUGCCAGUACCUGACGUUCGAG